UCUCCCUUUCCUCCGAGGAUUGCUCUAUUGCUCUACGUACCUGGCACUACCUCAAAGAUGACUUCCCAACUUUCCUCGCUGGCUACGCUGCUGCUUCUGGGAUCAUUCUUAGCACCGGUCAGCUCGAGCAAUAUUCCUGCUCAAGCGCAGGUAAUUGACCAAAAAUUUUUCAAUGUUCUGGCAACGACUCAGCCUCCAGCCGAAUUCAAUGCGAAGAGUCUAUUUGUGCCCCCAGGCUCGACAGGAGAUAGUCUAGCUCAGCAGCCUUUCCAUGUGUACGACGAGGAAUUUCUGAAGAUUAUCGGAGAUGCCCCGACUCUAACUCGGAUCGCACACUCCCCAAAGGACCCUAUAUUCCAUGAGGCGGUUGUAUGGAUCAAGGAAACGGAUGAGGUGUUUUUCGUCCAAAAUGCAGGUGCUAAGAAUGCCAGCACCGGUCUUAAGAAGUCAGCUAUCAUUGAGAAGAUUUCUCUUUCGGAAGCUGCUGCUGUCUCCCACAAGUCGGAUGCCGCGGGCCUUGUUACUGUAACCACCGUUCCUUCAUCGCCAACGGUUCUCAACCCCAAUGGUGCUACCAAUUACCGUGGACAAAUUGUAUUCGCCGGUGAGGGUCAAGGUGACAAUGAACCGCCUGCUUUGUGGGUUAUGAACCCGAAGAGUCCAUUCAAUGCUACAGUUAUUCUUAACAACUACUUCGGUCGCCAAUUCAACUCCCUGAACGAUGUUGCCAUUCACCCAGAAAGCAAAGACAUCUACUUCACAGACACUAUCUACGGCUAUGUACAGGAUUUCCGCCCUGCACCCGGUCUGCAGGAUCAAGUCUACCGAUUCAACCCCGAUACAGGCGCCGUUACAGUUGUCGCGGAUGGGUUUGACCACCCCAACGGUUUCACUUUCUCCCCGGAUGGCAAAUACGCUUAUGUUUCCGAUACCGGAAUCGAUAGCGGCUUCUUCGGUUUUAACUUCACCCGUCCUGCUUCUAUCUACCGAUUUGAUGUGAAAGAGGACGGCACACUCGACAAUCGCAAGACUUUUGCCUUUGUUCACUCCGGUGCUCCUGAUGGCGUCCACUGCGAUUCAUGGGGUAACGUAUAUGCUGGCUGUGGCGAUGGUGUCCAUGUCUGGAACCCAUCUGGCAAGCUCAUCGGCAAGAUCUAUCUUGGAUCUGGUACAGCGAAUUUCAACUUCGCCGGAGAGGGCAGAAUGGUUAUCUGCGCUGAAACAAACCUUUACUAUGCCACGUUGGCCGCGGCCGGAAGCUAUGUUGACAGUGAGAUGUAA